AUGCGGACAGAUUUGGACGGACAGCUGAAGUACCUGCAGAACUACCGCUUUCUGGAUGCGGCUCACCAGCAGCUGCGGCAGCAGCAGCUGGACGCGGCCUCGCAGCAGCAGCAGAUGGCCCAGCAGCGGGUGCAGGCGCAAGCACAGGCGCAGGUGCAGCAGGUGCAGCAAGCGGCGGCCCUGGUGCAGAAUGUGGCGCACAACCCCCCACAG